AUGCUGGCUCAGCAGGAGGAGCGACAUGCGUUCUGGCACCUCCUCGCAGACCUCGGGGUGGCUGAUGGAACGGCGCGCCUCUUCCCCCUGCUAACGGGAGAGGCGCAGCUGGCCGCGCUACAGCUCCUCGCUGACCACCGGCUGGCCUACACGGACCUUCGCCGGGCUGUCCUCCAGCGUGUGGGGUGCACCCCCGAGCAACAACGGCAGCGCUUCCGCGCGUUGCAAUUGGAGGAAGUCCGCUGGCCGUUCGCGUUUGGCCAGCAACUCCGGGACGCCUGCGGGCAGUGGUUGAGGGCCGACAACCACGACGCCGAGGGGAUCAUCGACCAGGUGGCGCUGGAGCAGUUCAUCGCGCAUGUACCAGCCGGAGCUGCAGAGUGGGUCCAGUGCCACCACCCAGCGUCGCUGGAUCAGGCAAUCGAGCUGGCGGAGGACCAUUUGGCGGCUGUCCCGACGGCAAGACAGCAAACAACCUAUUCUCCCCCCCCCUCUCUCUCUCUCUCUCCCUCUCCUCCUGUGUCUCGUCCUCGCCCCGUUCCCCCACCAUGGAGGCGGGGGCCGGCCCCACCCCAGCCGGCCCGCCGCACCCGCGGUGCCCUCCCGUUCCUCCCGUCUGUGUCUGUCUCUCCCCCCCCUCAGGUGAGUGAGCCCCAGAGCACCAGUGCAGAGAGGGAGCCCGGGCCGGUUUUCUGGUGCUUCGGGGAGCCGGGCCACCUCCAACAGCAGUGCUCGGUAAUGGAGGUGGGCGCAGUGGUUCGGAUCCCCGACGCGCCAGGAGCCGCCCUCGAUCGGGCCGGAGCGUAUCGCAUACCGGAGCCGCGCCCUAUUUAAAGAAGAGAGCGAGAGCAGAGCAGGCUCUCUCCCGACCAGAACACGUGUGUGUGUGGCGUGUGUAUAUGUUGAUCAAAGUAUAGUUAAG